GGAAUCAGUCGGCCAGCUGCUUCGUUUCGACAGUCAUCAAAAUGCAUUCGUGGAGUGUGGUCGUGUUUUUGUCUAUAUUUUGUAUUACAACGUGUUCAUUACAAACAGAUCAAAAAUACUGGAAAUCCUUAGCGGAAAAGGAGUUGGAGGAGGCAUUGCAAGUUAAAUUUAAUUUAAGAACAGCUAAAAAUGUGAUCCUGUUCGUCGGUGACGGGAUGGGACCUAACACCAUCACCGCUGCUAGGAUAUACCGUGGUGGAGAAUCUCAUAGACUGGCCUUCGAGAAAUUUCCUCACGUUGGUUUGCUAAAGACAUAUUCCGCUGACAAAAUGGUACCCGACUCUGCUUGUUCUGCCACCGCAUUAUUCUCCGGUAUCAAAGCCAACCUCGGCACGUUAGGUGUUGACGCAACCGUACCAGAAAAUAACUGUGAAAUGUCCUUGAAUAAAGAAGCGUGGGUAGACUCUUUAGCUGCUUACGCUCUAAAAGCCGGGAAAAGCAGUGGUCUGGUGACGACAAUGCGAGUAACACACGCGACUCCAGCACCACUGUACGCGCAUAGUGCGUCAAGGAGUUGGGAAUGUGAGGCGAAUAUGCCGGCAAAUGCCAAACAAUGCAAGGAUAUAGCACGACAGCUAAUUGAGGACUGGCCAGGGAGAGAUUUACAUGUAGUUCUUGGUGGAGGCAGACAAGUGCUUGUAUCUAAUUCCACUGGCACUCCUGACGAUCCAAUCAGCGCCUGGUCCUGCUAUCGACAGGAUGGUAGAGAUUUGAUCGAUGUUUAUAAGAGGGAUAAAGAAGAAAGAAAUCUGAAGUAUCAAAUUGUUUCAAACACCGGAGAGCUUCAAAAUAUAAAAGAUGAUAUUGAUUAUUUAUUCGGUAUCUUCGCAAAUGAACACCUUCAGUACGAAUUCGAAAGGAACAAAAAUCCUGAAGGCCAGCCUUCGAUAUCAGAAAUGACGAAAGCAGCGAUAAAAGUAUUGAGCAAGAAUACAAAAGGAUAUUUUCUCAUGGUAGAAGGUGGUAAAAUAGACAUGGCUCAUCACCGAGGCAGAGCUAAGACGGCUGUAGACGAGACGGUGGCGAUGGAGCGCGCGGUGCGAGCGGCUGUCGACAUCACCAGCGAUGAAGACACGCUCGUCAUCGUCACCAGCGACCACACGCAUACACUUACUAUCAACGGGUAUCCCGAACGGGGGUCAAGUGUGUUUGGUAUCGCGAGGGAAUCUCCCUUCGACCAUAUAAACUACACAACCCUCUCCUACGGCACGGGAGGGCCGGGCUCCUUCCAGUACGAUAUAAAAACGGUAGACAACGAGACGAAAGCUGUUCGGAGAGAGCCCAGCAAAGAGGAUACGGAGAGUUUCUUCUAUGAACAGAUCGCGGCCAUACCUCUCGAUGAAAAUAGCCAUGGCGGAGGAGACGUCGCUGUUUACGCUAAAGGACCCCACUCUCAUCUGUUCCACAGUGUACAUGAACAGCACUACGUAUUCCAAGCGAUAGCAUACGCUGCGAAAAUAGGACCAUAUUCUAAAGGCUAUACAACUGAAGUCAAUAUUAUUUUACUCACGUUUGCGCUAUUAUUUUUUAAAUUAAUAAAAUAAUUAG